UCACUACUCUCACCUCAGCUGGGAACAUUGGGGAGGAUGGAAUCCUGAGCUGCACUUUUGAACCUGACAUCAAACUUCUUGAUAUCAUGAUACAGUGGCUGAAGAAAGGUGUUAUGGGCUUGGUCCAUGAGUUCAAAGAAGGCAAAGAUGAACUGUCAGACCAGAAUGAAAUGUUCAGAGGUUGGACAGCAGUAUUUGCUGAUCAAGUAAUAGUUGGCAAUGCCUCUCUGAGGCUGAAAAAUGUGCAACUCACAGAUGCUGGCAUCUAUAAAUGUUACAUCAUCAUUUCUAAAGGCAAGGGGAAUGCUAACCUCGAGUAUAAAACUGGAGCCUUCAGCAUCCCAGAAAUGAACGUGGACUGUAACGCCACCUCAGAGAGCUUACGACGUGAGGCUCCCCAAUGGUUUCCCCAGCCAACAGUUGUCUGGGCAUCCCAAGUAGACCAGGGAGCCAACUUCUCAGAAGUCUCCGACACCAGCUUUGAGAUGAACUCUGAGAAUGUGACCAUGAAGGUUGUAUCUGUACUCUACAAUGUCACGAUCAACAACACAUACUCCUGUAUGAUUGAAAACAACAUUGCCAAAGUCACAGGGGAUAUCAAAGUGACAGACUCUGAGAUUAAAAGGCAAAGUCACCUCCAGCUGCUGAACUCAAAAGCUUCCCUGUGUGUCUCUUCUGUUGCCAUCGCCUGGGUACUCCUGCCUCUCUGCCCUUACCUGAUGCUAAAAUAAUGCACCUUGGCUACAUAGAAACAUGCAGAGUCACUGGUACGACAGAUGAUGUUCAUCUUUGAAUGGUCCAGGAAAAGACCUCUUAUCUUGACUGUGUGUGAUAUUAUGCCAUCACAAGGUUUGAGGCUUCUACUUUAUAUCCUGCAUGGACAGUGAUCACCUCCGCUUUCACCAGCAUCUAGAGCGGUGGGACACAACCAGGUGAUUUUGCACCACCUCAGGGGACACUUGGAAAUUCUGGAGACAACUUUGUUGUCACAACUGGCAUCUAGUAGAACCCAGGGAUGCUGCUCAACAUCCUACAACAUACAGGCCAUCCACCCACAACAAAGAAUUAUCCAGCCCAAAAUGUCAAUUGUGCUGAGAUUAAGAAACCCUGAUGUAGAGCAGAAAAGGUUCUAGAAAACAGGGGAGCAAACCAAACUGUUUGCUUCCUAAAAUUAGGCAUGAGUUUCUCUCUCUUUGGCUGCUGCCUCGGCACAGAGAGUCAGAACUCAGUUUCAGGCAACCAGGAAUUCCUGAUGGAUUAUCUUCAGUGGUUGAGCUUCUACGUUCCUUUCCUUUCUUUCUACUCUACAAAUCAAGUCCUGUGAGAGAGCUGCCUGAGUUCCAUCACAAGUUCUCUCAGUCUGAAUUUAGAUCUCAGCACUCUGCCUAGUCAAAAUUCAAAUUAAGGCAGCAAAAACAUGUAACUUCCUUGAAACAGAGAUUUCUGAAAGCAGGGGCAAUGAACCUUUGAAAUGAGGCCCUGAGGAAUGAAACUUUGAUGGAAAAGAAUGUUUUCUUUCCAGGCCCCUUCCCACACUUUUUGCAUGUUGACCACUGCCUCCCUGGCACUUUGGACCUACUGUGCCUGUAUUACAUUUUGUUAGAGAAAACUUGAUUCUAGAGCUCUGACCA